AGAACUGCAGGGGCUACGAACUCGCGUUUCCCAUCAUGCUCCGCGGUACCUCCUUUUCGUCUGCGGACAUCUUGCCGUAGAUGCGGUAGUGAGGGAAGAUGACUCACAAACAUAACAACGUGAUACCCAACGGCCAUUUCCACAAGGAUUGGCAGAACCGUGUGAGGACAUGGUUUAACCAGCCGGCCAGGAAGAUCCGCCGGCGUAAGGCCCGUGUGGAGAAGGCGCGCCGCGUGGCCCCCCGUCCCGCCGGUGGAGCGCUGCGCCCGAUCGUACGCUGCCCGACGUUUAAGUACCACACCAAGGUCCGGGCCGGACGUGGCUUCACCCUGGAGGAGAUCAAGGCUGCAGGUCUGAACAAGAAGUAUGCCCGCACCAUCGGUAUCUCGGUGGACCCCAGGAGGCGGAACAAGUCAACCGAGUCUCUGCAGGCCAACGUCCAGCGGCUGAAGGAGUACCGCUCCAAGCUCAUCCUCUUCCCCAAGAAACUCAGCUCACCCAGGAAGGGUGACAGUGGUGCUGAGGAGUUGAAGAUGGCUACCCAGCUGCAGGGUGCAGUCAUGCCUGUCCGACAGCUUUACAAGAAGGAGAAGGCCCGUGCUCCCACGGACGAGGAGAAGAAGUACCAGGCGUUCCAGUCUAUGCGUAUGGCCCGCGCCAACUGCAGACUGCUGGGGGCCCGGCAGAAGAAGGCUGCAGAGGAGGCCGCCGAGGCAGCGCAGACCAAGAGAAAAUAGACGUCACCAAAAAGACUCUUCGUAUAUGAAAAAUAAAAGCGGAUACAAUGUG